AUGACUCUUCUACAAAACCUUGUUCUCAUGUUUUACUUUUUCCAACUAGAGUUUAGCACUGCCACAGACACAAUUACACCAAUUCAACGAAUCAACGACCCUGAAAGUAUAGUCUCCAAUGGUGCAACUUUCAAACUGGGAUUUUUUAGCCCCUUCAAUGCUACAAAGCGUUAUGUUGCUAUCUGGUAUAACAAUGUCCCUGUUACAGCUGUGGUCCAGGUAGCAAAUAGAGAUAAACCCCUUAAUGAUUCUUCCGGGACUCUGACUAUAUCUGAAGAUGGCAACCUUGUGGUCAUGGAUGGACAGAAACAGAUUGUUUGGUCAUCAAAUGUUCCAAAUUCUUCGGCGCAUUCAAGUGCCCAGCUUUUAGAUUCUGGGAAACUUGUGUUGCAAGAUAACAUUGGCGGAAGCAUAACGUGGGAGAGUUUUGAACACCCUUCUGAUUCAAUGUUGCAGAAGAUGAAAAUUAGUACCAACAAAUAUACAGGUGAGAGGACUGUGCUCACCUCGUGGAAAAGCUCUUUGGAUCCAUCUACUGGAAGCUUCAUUUAUGGUUUGAAUCCCUUGAAUAUUCCAGAACUGUAUGUAUAG